UGCCGAGUGGGGCCGAGCCUGGGUCCAGAGGGGCUUUCCAGUUUGGUUCCAGUUGGCAAGCAUGGGAUUGGACAGGAGGGCUGGGAAAGCAUGUGUGAGUUGAGAGGAGAGACCAGAGUGGAGGUUCACUGGAUGGAGGUGAGGCUGCACUGUGUCGAAUGAUGAAAGGGACCUUCUGUUCCCACCCUAACUAGAUUUUCUAUUUCGUUCUCAGGCCCAACACUAUCCAGGUGACAAGGAUGGAAUAUGCCAUGAAGUCCCUCAGCCUUCUCUACCCCAAGUCCUUCUCCAGGCAUGUGGCAGUGAGCACCUGCACCUCAAUGGUGACCCAGCAGCUACUGACCGAGUCCAGCCUGGAGGCCCCCAAGGCCCGGCCCUGUAGAGUAAGCACUGCUGACCGGAGUGUGCGGAAGGGUAUCAUGGCGCACAGUCUCAAGGACCUCCUCCACAAGGUGAGGGACAGGACUACCCUCAGCACAGAGGUCCGGGACACCCUGAUGCUGGCAGACAAGCCCUUCUUCCUGGUGCUGGAGGAAGAUGGUACAAUUGUUGAGACAGAAGAGUAUUUCCAAGCCCUGGGGGAUGACACAGUGUUCAUGGUCCUCCAGAAGGGGCAGAAAUGGCAGCCCCCAUCAGAGAAGAGUACUAGGUACCAACUCUCCCUCUCCCGUAAGCCUGGCAAGAAGAUUGAUGUGGCCCGUGUAACCUUUGACCUAUACAAGAUGAACCCACAGGACUUCAUUGGUUGCCUGAAUGUGAAGGCCACUCUGUAUGGCACCUACUCCCUUUCCUAUGACCUGCACUGCUACCGGGCCAAGCGCAUCAUGAAGGAAGCUCUUCGUUGGGCCCUCUUCAGCAUGCAGGCCACAGGCCAUGUGCUGCUUGGCACAUCGUGUUAUAUGCAGCAGUUCCUGGAUGCCACAGAGGGAGGGCAGCCCCCUGAUGCCAAGGCCCCAUCGCUCAUCCCAUCCUGUCUGAAGAUGCUGCAGUGAAGGCCCAAGUCCUUGGAGGCAUUCCCCAGAGAAGGACUAGACCGGGGGCCCCCAUGCUCAGCUAGUAGCACCUACAAACCCAGUUAGGCAGCUUCUUAUCUUGCCACACCUUCCUCACCUCCCAGGACCUCGAAUGAAGAAGGCUUCCCAAGGGAAAAGGUCAGAAAUCUGGGAUAGGCCGGGAAAGGAGAACUGCGCGUUCUUAGCCUGGCCCAGCUACUUCCUGUCCAGGGUAGUUUAGCUGACCAAGACGGGUCACCAGCAGGCUAGCAUGAAGUCUGCCCCUCAGCUACCUGUUUUCACAUGCUCUACUUUCAUCGCGCUCCCCACCUCCUGGUCCCUCAGCCCUGAUACUCCUGAGUGAACUGUCAAGUCCACUAGUGUAUGUUACUAGAGAGUUUGCAUUAAAUUAUUUAUGCUAAUACAUCUUUGCCUGUGUUCUUUGGGGGUGAGGGUGGGGUUCUGCCUGGAAGGUUGGAAAGGUCUAAGGGAGGAGAGGAAUCUACUGUCAAACCAUUCUUCAAAAUGUGGGGUUAUAAGUACAGGACUUUUUCUGCCCAAA